AUGAUGUCCAAUCCACACAGCAAUUUUCACGAACGGCACCGCCAACAUCGCCGCCAGAUUUCCACCCCAUCGGCGAUCGAGGCUGCCAAAGCUCCCAACCUGCCCGCCCCGGCUCUGAAGCGAUUCCAUGCUCACCGGCGAGGCCAGAGUCUGGACCACCGUUCGCUGCAGAUGCAACCGCAGUCCGUCCAAGAUGGUACCUUUUCAUUUACUAACGCAGCAGUACACCAACAACCACAGCAUUUCUUGCGGGAAGCACAGCGCCAACAAUUCUCCCGACAGACACAUCCCGCAUUUCCUCAACAUAUGACCCCCAUGUCCUUGAUGUCUGGAUGCCAGGCAUUGUCCCAGGAAGACCUGCAGGCAUUGACCAACCGCAACGGCAAUGACACCACCCAUCCCAACAACAUGGCCUUCAUGAACCCGGCCAUGAUGAAUGUUGGCAACCAAAAUUUCGGAGGUCACCAGCCUACCAGCGUCACUCUCAACAUGAUUCAGCAACACCGGAACGCAAACCUCCCUGGCAACAAUGCCAUCGAUCGCCCAUUCCUUGACAACCACAUCUGGGAUGCUUAUCAGCAAGACAACAUGGCCAUGCCCCAACAGCAAACCAACGGCAUCACCGCGGAAAUGCGACGCAUGUCCGCUCAAUCGGACAUCGGACCUUCCCGUGCGCAGCGACCGCAUACCCCAAAGCAGGCCAAUACCCACUAUAUGCCAAUAACCCCGGCGACAACACCAUUCAAGAGAACGAUGAACAUGGCCAAGUAUAACCAGGACACACAGGUGUCUCCCACCAAGGAACAGAGUCUUUCUAUGUCUGGCUCAGCACAGGCAUCGUAUAUGCAACGAGCAAAGUCCCUCCAGGGUGUACCUGGAACGACUACUACUCAGAAGAAGAUUGAUUUGCCCUCCCCCCCUAACACAGCUUCAUUCGAAAUCGAUAGUUUCGAUGCGUUUGAUUGUAAGCAGGAAUCCAGUUUUGAUAAUCUCGAGUCUCAGAAUGUAUCGCAAGACCUGUACCCACCAUCGCUAUCCACCUCGUCUUCCUUCUACUCGUCUCCAGAGCUCGCAGCCAUGCAAUCCUCCGAAGAUGCUAGUGACAAGGCCCCAAAGGUCCCCAUUGUCCCCGCUACGCCGCAACGAGCUCAUCACCAGAGAAUGUCCAGUGAGACAAGUACCGCCUCUGCCACGAAGCCCAAGCUGUCCCCCCGAGUUGCGUCUAUCGAUAACCUCAACCUCGACGCUAGAGUCCACGCAUCCAUCAAACAAACGGGCGUCACCAUCGACGAGAUUGCUGCCUUCAUUCACGGUCCCGAUCCCGUGGACGGCAAAUGGGUGUGUCUUCACUCUGGCUGCGGAAGACGAUUCGGUAGAAAGGAAAACAUCAAGUCUCAUGUUCAGACCCAUCUGGGAGACCGCCAGUACAAGUGCGACCACUGCGAAAAGUGCUUUGUCCGUGGUCAUGACCUCAAGCGCCAUGCUAAGAUCCACACCGGAGACAAGCCCUAUGAAUGUCUUUGCGGGAACGUCUUUGCCAGACAUGAUGCCUUGACUCGACACAGACAGCGGGGAAUGUGCAUUGGCGGAUACAAGGGAAUCGUGCGCAAGACAACAAAGCGCGGCCGACCAAAGAAGCACAGGCCAGAGCUGGAAGACAGACAGGACAAAGCAUCCAGAACCCGCCAGAGAGCCGCUGAAAAGUCAUCCUCCGAAUCAUUCUCCGGUUCCGACAGCGCUCGCAGCUCGCCCCCGUCCGAGGUCUUUGAGAACAUGAGCAUUCGUGGCUCUAGCCCAGCGCAAGACAUUCCUGUGUUCAACACUCCCAACUACUCUUUGCCUCCGGAAGCGUUCACCUUUACACCCCCUGCCUCACCAGGUUGCAGCACUGGCAACAAGCCUUCGCCGAAUCGGACACACCGGUCUCUCACACCUAACUCGGAGGAUGAAAUCUUGCCUACAUCUCUUGCCAGCCGACCUUUGGAUAGGAUUGUGGAGGAAACCGAGCUGCCUUUUAUCUCUGAACCCGAAACUUGCCCGUACACAAGCUCGGCCGCCAACUCUCUGUCUUCCCCCCACACUGCACCCACCCUGGCUGAUUCUUCCAACGGUUCCGAUCUCGACAUCUUUAUCAACCAAGAUGCUACAACUGGCUUUGGAAAGCACGAAUUUCCUGGUCUCACCGACCCUGACAUGGCUUCCUUCCCCGAAUACGUCAACCCAGCUUCUUUUGACAGCGGCUUGGACUUGUUUCCGGGAAAGACCUUCUCGACGGGUCCUUCUAUGAAUGACGACUUCUUUUCCUUCCAAUUUCAGGUCGAUGAACAACCUUCAGACCUCAUGGCACGAGACUUUUUCCUGGAGUAA